UGUUGCGUUUGACCCGGUCAGACUCACCGAGAGACAGUGAAACAUUCAACAGGCCCGGCAAUGUACACAGCAGGGGAAAGAUUAAGGGGCCCAGGUCGUGCUCAGUCGUGCUGAUCUGAGUUUCCAUCUUUACUGAGUUCUCAAGGGGUUGCACUUCCUCUAAUUGGACUCAAUGAAAGUUUACUGAACUUUUACAUUGAAAAGUUUUUAUUUACAUGACCGGAAUGUAGUGCAACAACGGCCAUAAUCUUUUAAACACAACUGUUUAAAUUUUUUUUUAAAGAAAUUGCCGUGAAAUCUUGUGCCAGGAGUGAGGAGCAGAUUAAACGCUCCAAGUGGAUGACUUCUAUUGAAAGACCCUGGAAGCCAUGGAGGUGGGCCACAUCCCAGUGUCUGAGGGUCUGCCUCACGCCAGUGACAUGACUGAGAAAGGCAGGAGCUACUCCACGGCUCAGUCGAAGCCCAGAAGCAUGAACGCAUACCCGCCGGUCUGCCGCUUUUACUCUCGGGGAAAGUACUGCCAGUUUGGCCGUAGGUGCCGGUUCCUGCACGAGCACCUGGAGCCACGGACGGCUCCGGGGGCGCCUGACAGCCAGUGCAGCGGUGCCACAGCCGCGGAGAGCGCCCCUCGGUGCCAGGGCGGCGCCGAGUGCCCCUCAGACGGCGGCACGGUGCGUUUUGCCGAGGACCCGGCCGCGCAGGGUCGAACGCGGUUUGGAACGCCCAAACCGCCGCCGCAGCCGGUCCCCAGAGACAGAGCGAGGAGGCCGUGCCGCUACUUCCUGAACGGCUACUGCGUGAUGGAGGAGCGGUGCCGCUUCUGGCACCCCGAGAGGUUGCCCACCGUCAGGGACCCCCUGGACCACGAGCCCGCCCGCAUCAGCCUGAGACCGCCGGGGCCGCUCAUACGGUCGGCCGUCCCCCGUCCCGCCGUGGUUAAGGACGAGGUGAAGCUCACCGAGCUGACCCAGGAGGUUGCCCGCCAACUCCGAGACACUGAGAUCAGCCAGCUGUUGAAACGCUUCCCCAAGGGCCAGCUCAUCGUUCAGAAGAGCGAGGAUGGGAAGAAGACUUACUACCGCAUCGUGGUGGAGCCUACCGACCCCGACUGGCCUUUUGAUUUGAAGGAGCUGGACAUUCAGAUUUCCUUCCCGGACGAUUAUCCUUUGGAGGUGUUCACUUUGGACAUUCCCGAGGAUCAGGAUCUGCCAGCGUCUAUGGCAAGGCACGUGUGCAAAGCCUCGGAGGAGUGGCUUCAGGCCAAACAUGCCACCAACAGGCUGACAGGAAAACUCGAGCUGCUGUUUCGUCCUUAUCUGCGGUGGCUCGAUCGCAACCUGGAGAAGCUGUUCAUCGAGGGAGCCAGAAAGAUAAAGAGGGAUUUGGACAUGGAGAAAUCUGGGAUCCGCUUUGUACCGUUCCAGGACCUCCAGCCGCGCCUGGCGGACGCGCGGGUUCUGCAGUCGACAGAAGGGCCUCUGUGCCCCCAGAAAGAAGAUGUGGUCAGGGGGUUGUCGCAGCAGCUUCAGCAGACCAAGUUCAACGAGGCAGAAAGCCCAGAGAUGAGUGGCACGGGCAGUGAAGUCAGCUCUGGUGAGGAGGUUGAUGGUUGUUCAAGGACUGAUGCCCCUCGCAGGCAUAAAUCCCUCCCGGCUGGCAAUGGGAGCGGGCAGCUGCCGGUAGAGUCCAACAGCAAGAGCCUGCACAAGGGAACAGCAGUGCGAUUUGUUGGCUUUCAGCUGGGAGAAGGGACAGCGACACUGGCCGCUGUGCAGAUCACCGUGUCGCUGAAGUGUAACAGGUGCAAAGUGGCUGACGACCUGAUCGUAUCCCAGAAGCAGCCUUGUUCUACAAGCUGUGAGAAAUGUAGCUCGGCCAUCAGUGCCACCUUCCAGCCCAGUGUCCUCCAUGAGAACUCGGAUGUCAUGGGUUACCUGGACCUGCGUGGAUGUGUCCCUGUGGAUUUGAUCGUACAGGAGAGUACCUUCUCCGUGUACUGCCUCAACUGCUCCAAGGAGGGAGAUUUGCAGGGCCUAACGUACGGCCGGUACAAGGAACUAAACUGCUUGCACUGCCACGGGAAGCUGAGUGUGUUUGCGGAGGCGGCCCAGUUUUACCAGAUGAACACCCAGUCAGAGGAUGAAAUGGACAAUAAGAAUUCAGUUCACCGACAUCCGAGGAGGCUGCCCCAAGUAUCUACCAUCCAGCUGGGGAAGCCCCUGCCUGAGUUUGGCACUUGCGGCCACUAUAAGAAGAGUUGUCGCUGGCUCAGGUUUCAGUGUUGCGGGAAAGCCUACCCGUGCGACCUGUGUCACGACAACAAGCAGGACCACCUGAUGGAGAUGGCCACGCGCAUGAUCUGUGGCUUCUGCGCCAAGGAGCAGCCGUACAGCAACGGGAAGCCGUGUGCAGCCUGCGGAGCCAUGAUGACCAAGGGAUCCCACACCAGCCACUGGGAAGGAGGCCAAGGCUGUCGGAGCCAGAUGCGGAUGAGUCGCAAAGACAAGCAGAAGUACGCGAACACUACGAAGACGGUCUCUCGCCGGUCUCUGCACCAGCAGCCCAAGUGAGCGGCAAGGCCGGGGUUGGGAUCCCUCACCUGCGAACGGUGGCCUUAGUAACAACUCUGUGAGUGGGUUUGGUGUGUGCGUGUUUUUUUUUUUUUCUUCCCACCCCCUGUUGUUCCUUUCCCCCCUCGUACAACGAGGUGGUGAGAGGAUAAAAUGUUUUCAAGUUUCGAGGAUCUUGGGGAGAGGGGUUUGAGGAAUCGGACGGCCUUUAGUUUGUCUGGCCCGCAGUAAGAUGCCAUCUCUGCCCCAGUGGGGGCCGUACAAACUUCAGAACGUCUUGCCCCGCAUUGUUAACCCUGUGUAAGAGGCUCAAAAGUCGGCAACAUUGUGUGCCCCCUGCUUUCGACUAACUCCACCUGCUCUGAGCCAAGCAGUCGGCACCUGAGGGCAGUCCGUGCCACUUGUCACGUCACGGUUCUGAGUGUGUUUGCACCACCUCAUGUUCCAAGUAUGUAGUAAUCACAAGGGCACGGCUAGACGUCCACCCGAUCGGCAGAUUUACAAGGGAUAUGGGCCGGGUGCUGCUCCUACUUGCUAGUGGCAUAAGCAGGGGGCAGCUCCCCCACUGGGACACCUGCCACGGCACAGAUGCCCACUGCAGUAGUGUAGAGAGGCUUGUAGAUGUUGGGCAGCGUGGCAGAGUCCUGUGCCAACCUCCCUGGAGAACUGAUGGUGCUCUCAACUCAACUCCAGCCUCCUCCGAGUCGGCCCUGGGGAGCGGAGCCUGCACAAGUGCAUUUGGAAGUUGCGUUCUCAUUUGGUUUUGAAUGUUCAAGGUUAUCACCGUGUUGAUUUACAUUUAAUUUGGCAAUUUUUUAUAAAAUGCGGUCAAAUCUUGUACUAUGCAACACAUUGCCACGCCGACAGUGAGCGCGGAAACGCUUGCCACCCUGUACAUGAGAUGAGGGAACGAGCUGUGCGCAUCUGAGGGGGUACCGCAGACAUCCACUUGGGAGGUGCUUCAUGAAGGGUGGUUUGACAAGGCUGCUUCAGUGUGGCUUUUCCGAUCGACUACAGUUUGUUACAUGCCGGAGGAAGUCUGUGGGUUGGAUUUUCUGAUGUCUCUCCCGCAAAUGUUUUGCGUUUGUCUCCUGUGAAUCAUUCUGCGAUCGUCGACUCAUCUCCCCCCUU